AUGGAAAAGCCAAAGUCAUGCCUUGAAAUCAUUCACCAAAAAAAGUCAAAUGGAACUGGAAUCUACUGGAUUGAUCCAUCUAACACCACAGGGGCCCCGUUUCGCGUGUUUUGUGAUAUGGACACGGACGGAGAAAUGGAAAAGCCAAAGUCAUGCCUUGAAAUCAUUCACCAAAAAAAGUCAAAUGGAACUGGAAUCUACUGGAUUGAUCCAUCUAACACCACAGGGGCCUCGUUUCGCGUGUUUUGUGAUAUGGACACGGACGGAGGAGGAUGGACUUUGGUGUCUAACUAUGUCAUCCCAAGUUCGGGGUCCAAGCCAUCUCUUGACGUCAUUUAUUCGUACGCUGGCAUUGGGCGCUAUGGAAACCAAARAAUGGUCAUAUCGUCUGAUGCACUGCAGGAUCUUGAGUCGGUGACUUCAUUCACUCAAAUGAGAUGGCAGUGCCGUAAGUUCUUAAUUGGACGCACGGUAGACGUGAUGACAUCCAAUAAUGCCUCUGGAUAUGCUGCUGUCAAUUACUUUACGUCAGCAAACGUGAAAAGGCCAGGCAGCUGCGGUUCGUAUUAUUUUGGGCCCAAUGACACCUCAAUGACCUCAAGGGAAUGUUCAGUUUGGGGUAAAAGUAAAGAAAGCGAAAUUGGUAAAUGGUCGCAUCCAGGAUUUGAAGACAAGGCUUACAAAGUCUACGACCAUCCCUUCUUUGUGUUUGGAAAGUAUCACUUCAUCAUUAAUUAUAAUUCAAGACUGGAAUGUGAUGACUUUAAUUCUACSAAUAUUUCGCCUGGAGAUUUCUGGAAGAUUUAUAUUCGUUAACAUUGCAAGUAGCAGCUUUCCAACGUAAAAAARCUUAAUUUUGCAAUUAGAUUCCUGCCUAGAUUAUUGCACAACAUUGACAUGGUUUUCUCAUGUUAAGUUAAUGCACACACCACACUACAAGAACAGUUGUAAUAGAGAAAUAGUAAAUACACUAGAAAUAGACACAAGAAACAAUCUAGCCUGAGAGAUCUUCUUUUGUCCAUUUUAUUAAUUUGUCGAUUUUAACCAAAGCACAAAUACACGUGCUUCAAAGCAGACUUACC